AGAUCUAUCUUCUUCAUCAUCAUCUCUUCAAUCAUUGAAGAAACUAUUGCCCUUGGCCAUAUUAGUCACAUUUUUAACAAAUCUGUGUUCAUUUUUUUCUAUCGCCAUCGAUAGUUGAAGAGGUCGUUUUAUCCAGGAGCUACGUUAUGGAAACUACAAAGCCAAUCUAUGAUAUUGUGAAGGAUGUUGUCCCUACAGUUUGGGCUUGUGUAAAGUACCAAUUAUGCUUGGGUGAUUAUGUUAGUAAAUUCAAUGAAAAGAAAGCAAGCUUGCUGGCAAGACAAGAAGUCAUCAAAUCAAGAAUACAGACAGAGGCACAAAAUUACCCUGGAAAGAUUGAAAGCAUGGAAGUUAAAGAUUGGCUGGACAGAGGAGAUAAAAUAAUUCAAGGUGUUGAAGAUAAAGUCAAAAGGGUGGGAUGUUUCUCUCACAUUUGUGUAGCAAAGUAUCUGGAUGAAAAAACUAGAGAAGUGAAGGAAAUAUUUGAUGAAGGGGAAAAAUACACUAAGGUAGAUGCGAUUUUGGUGGUUGAUGAUCACUCAAGAAAGGGGGUUGCAAUCCCAAUCCCAGAACUAAAAGGCAGGGAUGCUACUAAAACAAAAAUCUUGGAAUAUUUGGUGGAAGACAAGAUUACAAGGAUUGGAGUUUGUGGACUUGGUGGUAUUGGUAAAACAGCCAUCAUUAAGCAUGUGCACAAUGAACUAUUGAAUAGAGAAACCAAAUUUAAGAAAGUUGUUUUGGUGACAGUAACAAAGCAGUUUGAUAUUAUCAAGUUACAAAAAGACAUUGCAAGCCAAUUGAAAGUUUCUCUUCCAGAUGGGAAUGCAACCAUGCGUGCAGCAGUGUUGUCAGAAAUUUUAGAAAAAAACUGUUGCUUGUUAAUUUUAGAUGAUGUGUGGGAGUACAUUUCUCUUGAAGAUGUUGGAAUUCCAGAUUUGGUUGGAAGCAACAAUUGCAAGUUGGUGUUGACAACGCGUUUUCAAGAUGUUGCUCGGCACAUGAAUUGCGAGAUAGUCAAUUUGGAACCUCUUCCGAAGAAAGAAGCAUUACAACUAUUCUUGAAUAAAGUUGGAAGUGCAGUUUUAACUGCUAGUGGAGGCAUUAUAAAUACACUAGAACCAACUUUGAGACAAGUUGUGGAGGAAUGUGGAGGUUUGCCUCUUGCUAUUGUUACAGUUGCAAGUUCUAUGAAAAAGGAAUCUAGCCCUCAGUUGUGGCAGAAUGCACUAGAUGAGUUAAGAAAUCGUAGAAGAGUUGUGGCUGGUACAAUAAUUGUGGAAGGUGCAAUGAAUGAUGCAUUUGAGAUAUUGAAAUUCAGCUUUGAUCAUUUAAAUGAUGAAAAAAUCCAAUAUUGCUUCUUAUAUUGUGCACUAUAUCCUGAAGACUUUGCAAUUCGAAAAAGGAAGCUAAUUGAGUGUUGGAUUGAAGAAGGAUUUAUUGCUCCAAUGGAAACUAGACAUAAGAUGAAUUGUCAGGGCCAUGCUAUCCUAAGGAAGUUGGAAGAUAACUGCUUGUUAGAAACAGUUCACACUUUUAAAAGAACACUAAGUGGUGAUGAAGAUGAAAAUGCUGUGAAGGUGCAUGAUCUUUUGAGAACCAUGGCUUUGGAUAUCACAAGCAAGAGUCCUCGGUUCUUGGUAAAAUCUGGCAUGAACAUCAGAGAGCUACCAAACAAGGAGCAAUGGACAGAGGAUUUGAAGAGGGUUUCCUUGAUGAGGAAUUCAAUGAAAGAGAUUUCAAGAGAUUUGUCUUCUCCAGAAUGCCGAAUGCUUACAACCUUGUUGUUGUCCCAUAACAGCUUAUCAAACCUUCCAGAUUCCUUUUUUGAGCAGAUGAAUGAACUCAAGAUUCUUGAUCUCUCCAAAAAUUAUGAAUUGAAGAGUCUGCCAAAUUCCAUCUCCAAAUUGAAAAACCUCACCACAUUGCUAUUAAUUGGUUGUAGGCAGCUAAGAAAGGUGCCAACUUUAUCUAAUUGUCAAGCCAUAACAAAGUUGGACUUUAACAGGUCUGGAAUUGAAGAAAUCCCAGAAGGUAUGGAAAUGUUGGUAAAUCUCAAAUAUCUUAAUCUUAAUCAUACAAAAAUAAGAAGACUGCCUGAAGGAAUAUUACAAGGACUAUCAUGUCUUCAGAUCCUAGCAUUAAGAAUAGCAGGGAUACAAGUAAAAGGGGAAGACUUAUGGCCACUAGAGAAAUUAGAAUACUUUGGUGGGUUGCUAAACGAUUGGAAUGAGUUGAGCAUUUUCUGCAAAAUGAUGCAAAGCAGAAGGGAACGAAUCAGAGAUUAUUUACUCGAUAUUGGAUCCGGAGAAGAAGAGAUUGUCAAAGCAACAACAGUCAUCCGGAGACGGGUUAAAAUAUCAUGUCUACCAAUUGCUUUUGAAAAGCAUGUUCCUCUACCCCACAAUGUUGAGUCAAUUGAAUUCAGAAGAUGUCAUGACUUCAAAUGCGUAGACCAACUUUCUUUCUUGAAAGAUACAGUCAACUUGACAGCAUACCUGCUUGUUGAGUGUCAAAGCAUAGAGUUUGCUUUCUCCUCAUUGUUCAACUUCAACCGGCUUCAAUCCCUUCAGUUUCUGGUGCUUGAGCAAUUAGAAAACCUAAAAUCCCUUUUUGAAGAAGAAGCUCUUGCUCCAUCAGCACUUUCUUUCCCUCUGAAAGCUAUCUUUAUCAGGGAUUGUCCUAAAAUAAAAAAGUUGUUCUCGCCUAGGUUGCUAGUUAGGCACCUUCAGAAUCUAGAAUGUCUUGCAGUGUGGAAUUGUGAAGAAUUGGAGGAAAUAAUAGCAUCCAAGGGAUACGAAGAAGAAGACGGUGAACUCCCUCUCCCCAAACUGAAAAAACUCCAUCUGCAUGACAUGCCCAAAUUGAAAAGCAUCUGUGGCAGAACCAGAGUGUUGGUGUGCGAUUCUCUUGAGAGUUUGGGAUUUCAUGAUUGUCCAACGUUGAAAAGAGUUCCUAUUUCACCUCCUCCUUCUCUAGAAGAAAUCAGAGUAUCUUCAAGAGUGGCAUGGGAAUCAUUGGAGUGGGAGCAUCCCAAUACAAAGGAUAUCCUAUUACCCUUCGUUGAAUUUUUUGAGAAUUGAAGAACUGUAAGCUGCUUGAUGAUUCAUCACAAACAAAGGUAAGCCUUUUAUCUUCAAGUUUCCAUUCAGGAUUCAGUACCAAACAUUUUUAUAUUUACGCUUCCAUAGUUUUUGUUUCUUUCUUAAUAAAUAUCUUUGAUUGAAAAUGAUUCCUAUUUCUUUCUUCCUUUCCAGAUACCUUACUACAUGUUGGCCAAAUUAAUGAAAUGAAGCAGGAUGAAUAAAUUGCACCAUUUUUUUCUUGAUUUGGGACUUCGUUCGUUUUUUCCUUUGUUGUGAUUUCAAAUGUCAAACUCUAAAUGCAAUGUUUCCUAUGUGUGGCUUGCAUUUCAUUCUGUGUGAAUUAUGUGGUAAAAAUCGUUAUAUUUCUUUGUGUGUAAUUUUAUAGUUAUGCUUGUUACAAAUUUUAUAUUUUUUUAUUGAAUGUACCGGAGUAUUUGUUUGUUUCCUUUUCUAUAAUAAUGGGAAUUUGUUCUUAAAUUUCAUUUUCUUCUUUUCUACCUUGCCAAAUCCUUUUCUUCUUCUUUUAUGCCCUAUUAGUCUCAUAUCACCUUGGGGGUUCUUGAUAUAUACCUGAAAAGAUUAAUUAAUUUUGUGCUAUUUU